UCCCAGGCAGAGGCGGCAGUGACGCCAGGAAGGACCCUGCCCUUCUGGCAUCCCCGGGGCGUGCUCGGCCCGUUUCCCUUUCGAGCGGGUCGGCAGCGCGGUGGCGGCAGCAGCGGGACAGGGCGAGGGUGCCUCUGCACACCCCACACCUCCCCGCUCCGCUGGGCCCUGCGCUGAGCCAGACCAGCUGUAACUCCGUGUCCUGACCGAAGGCUCCUAGGAUGUCACGCCGCAGGCACCAACCUGAGCCUGGGGACCUGAUCAAGGUCAAGCGACCACUUUACCAGCACUGGGCCCUCUACUUGGGGGAUGGAUAUGUCAUCCACCUGACGUCUGCAGAUGAAGGGAUGCGAUGCCUGUCAGCCAGUAGUGACGCAACAUUGAGCAAAAAGGCCAAGGUGAAGAAGCAGCUCCUGAAGGAGGUGGUGGGAACUGAUGACUGGGAGGUCAACAACAAGUAUGACCGCUCCCGCACUCCCCUCCCAGUGAAGGAGAUCAUCAAGCGUGCUGAGAGCUACAUUGGCAAGGAGAUGACCUAUAAUGUGCUCUGUGAAAACUGUGAGCACUUUGUGACAAUGCUCCGCUAUGGUGAGGGGGUCUCUGACCAGGCCAAGGUAGGAAUUGGUAGCAUGGUGGCACUAGGAACUGGUCUUGUUGUGUCCGCUGGUAUUGCCUGUGCUGCCUUUGGCUUGUCCGGGGGCAAAUCCAGAGAGAAGAAGUACUGACGGCUUGUCAGGAAGAGCUCAGAGCAAGGCAGGAAGCCUGUGGCUGUGGAGGGUCACUGCCCAGCCUCUGCCAAAACUGCCAUUGGGCCUACUAACAACAGCCACUCUUGCCGAAAUAACCGAAUCAAAGCCUUAAUAAAAUCUAAAAAACCCAAAAUAAUAUUACCAUAAAAUCCUCUUCUAUGCAUUUGAGUGUAGCUUUGUGUGCGAGUUAAAUACUUCAGCCUUCCUUCUCCCAUCCCUUUAGAAAGAGUAAGUUGAGCAUCACCAUUCAAUGUGACCCCAGCAGCACCAGCCUGUUUGCCAUAUCUGCUUUUUUUUUCAUUGCUUAUGAUGAUGUUUUGGUAGUUUGGGAGCACUUGCAAGCAAAGUAUCCCUUCCUUCCCUGCCACCUCCCCUCCAGUGCUUUGCUGAGGACUGGUGCAGGCUUUCCACCCACAUCCUCUUUUUCUCAGCUGACUCCUGUGGGCUCUUUCUGUGUAUAAGGGAUUUUAACCUUAACUUUCUGACAAAAUAAAAUAAAAGUAUUGCUGAGCGUA